AUGGGAGACUCAAAACUAUCUGGACCAUUGCACAGCUUUUAUGCUGCAACCAAGAUCUUCGGCCCUACAAGGUCAUUAGUGGAUGACCUGAAGAACGCAGCUGGCUCUACUAUAACCGACACCCAUGGAAACCUCGAUCGCUGGAAGUCCCAUUUCGAGUGCAUACUUAACGACCACAUACGCACUCCUGAUGAUCUCCUCCAAAACACCCCACAGCUCCCCAUCCGCAAUCGGAUGUCCCUGCCACCCUCAAGCCAUGAGAUCAACAAAGCACUUGCGCACAUGAUGCCCGAGAAAGCUCCAGGACCAGACAACAUCCCGUUUGAGUUUUUCAUGCACAGAGGUCCUCAGCUGACAAAUCAUUUGAUGCUCCUUAUCAUCAGGAUCUGGAAAAGCAAGAACCCCCCCCCCCGAACGACUUCCGCGAUGCAACUAUCAUCACCAUCUUCAAGCAGGGAGACUGAGAGGAUUGCAACAACUAUCGGGACAUCUCUCUUGAGUAUUGGAAGUAAGAUCUUCACCCGUAUCCUACCCAAUCGCUUCCUCAUCCUCGCGGAAAACGUACUCCCUGAGUCUCAGUGUGGUAUUCGAACUUCUCGAGGCACAAUUGAUAUGAUCGUUUGUGCCCGUCAACUCCAGGAGAAGUGUCCGAAACAACAGCGUGCAAUGUUCAUCUUUUGGGAUCAAAAGGACACCUGA